AUGGCUUCAAAUUUAGAAACUUGGCUGAAAAAGGGUAAUGCUGUUAUUUCCCCGAAAAUAGCAGUUCAAGAUAUCCCUGGCCGCGGGCGGUCUGUCAUAAGCACACAAGCCAUCACUCCUGGUACUCAGCUGGUGGUGAUUCGUAGAAGACAACUACUGAAUAAAUUGUCAAUUAAAGUCACCUGUCCAAAAUGGACUCCUCACUGGAACAAACUGAACUCGCACCAGAUACUGGCGCUUGUCAUCACCUUAUAUUGCAAUGACGCAGAUAACUAUUGGUAUCCAUUUCUAUCCCAGCUCCCUACAAAAGAAUCAUUCCAAGGCAUUCCUUUAGGUAUGACUCCUGAAGACUUGAAAUCAAUGCCUCUUUCAGUUCAAAGCCAUGUGUCGAAACAGAAAAAUACAUUUCUUGAUGAUUUCGAGGCUGUGAAGAGGGUACUUUCAGAUAGCGACAGUGAGACCAACAUCGAAUAUAACGAGUUUCUACGUGCUUGGAUGUGCGUCAACUCUCGCUGUCUAUAUAUGACCCUUCCUGGCUCUGAUGGUACACCAGCUGAUAACAUGACCAUGGCACCAUUUAUAGACUUCCUAAACCACACAUCUCUCGGCGAACAAGACAGUGUCAAAGUCGAUGUGACUGCCGUGGGUAUGGUCGUGACUGCACGCAAACACUAUUCUCCCGGAGACGAGAUAUUACUAGGAUACGGUCCUCAUGAUAACACGUUCCUGCUCUGCGAGUACGGGUUCACAAUCCCCAGUAACCCAUGGGAUACUGUCGAUAUCACGCAGGAAAUUCUGCAGCUCCUGACGACCAGUCAAAAAUCGGUUUUAGAAGAACUAGGAUAUCUUGGUGACUACACUGUGAAUAAAGAGGGGCCCUCCUUCCGUACUGAAGUGUCGCUCUCAUGCCUUCAAGAACCUUCAUCCGAUGGCAUUCCUCCUGGUCUACAAAUGCUGUGCUCAGGUCGAAGCGACGGAUCCAAAUACAAGACCGGCAAUUGCCGGGUCCUCCAACAAAUCCUCGAGACGAAAUCGCGAGAGCUGGCUCGACUUCCCCUUAACGAUGUCACCCGGGGAAUGCUGGAAAUAACUAAUGCAUUGACGAAUGAAAAGUAA